AUGGGUUUGUCGCGCGUGGAACGUUUCGUUCCUGGGGCACGUUGGCUGCGCGGGUAUACGGCACAGUUCGUGGUAGCGGAUCUGAUCGCCGGUGUAACGGUUGGAUUGACAGUGCUUCCACAAGGGUUAGCUUACGCGACGCUUGCAGGGUUGGAACCACAGUAUGGUUUAUACUCCGCCUUUAUCGGUGGGGUAGUAUACGCAUUGUUGGGCGGAUGCCGUGAGGUUACCAUUGGACCGACCGCUUUGCUAUCGCUUAUGACCAGCCGACACACGGGCUAUGGUGGAGAUUCUGGCCCUCAGCUCGCUAUAUUACUGUGCUUCCUGUCCGGGGUAGUGGAGUUGCUCAUGGCCGUUUUACGGCUAGGUGCACUGGUGGAUCUCAUUUCACUCCCGGUUACCGUGGGCUUCACAUCGGCCACGGCGCUCAUCAUAGGGGCGUCCCAGCUAAAGGCGUUGCUCGGUAUUCGUGGCGGUUCUGGGUCUGGAUUCGCCAGUACCGUACGUACUGUGUUUGAAAAGAUCGGCGAAGCACGUGUAGCCGAUAGUAUUCUCGGGGUCGUCUCAAUAGCGGUGCUACUCGCCAUGAGGAAAUUGAAAGACAUCAAAACACCCGCAGACGCUACGAGAGGACGCAAAAUCGUAGGGCUUGUGUGCUGGUUAGUUGCUACGGCGCGGAAUGCACUGGUAGUGUUGAUUACUAGUUUUGUGGCGUUCUACUACGAUCAGCGAGGUGAACGACCCUUUAUCCUGACAGGCACGGUUAAGAGUGGCAUACCGGAUUUCCAGCUGCCCCCAUUCAGUACAGUUCUACCGGAAGGUGGAGGGCCGAACGGAACCAGCCCGGUACAGCUGGGUUUUACCGGUAUGAUCGAAGAACUGGGUGCCUCGAUUGCGCUCGUCCCAAUCAUUGCCGUGCUUGGUAAUGUGGCCAUUUCGAAAGCAUUCGGUGGAAGCGGUAUCAAUCCGACGCGUGAACUGGUCGCCCUUUCGCUGAGCAACAUUUGUGGAUCGUUCUUCAGUUCCUUUCCAGUUACUGGGUCGUUCUCGCGCAGUGCUGUGAAUCAUGCGAGUGGUGUAAAGACCCCGAUCGGUGGCAUCUACACGGGUGCGCUGGUGCUGUUGGCGUUGGGUGUACUGACACCCUAUUUCCAGUUCAUUCCAAAAGCCGCCCUGAGUGCGGUGAUCAUAUCAGCGGUUAUAUUUAUGAUUGAGUACGAAGUGAUUCGACCGCUGUGGCGCUGCAAUAAGCGAGAAUUAAUUCCGGGUGCCGUAACGUUCGUGCUGAGUUUGAUCGUCGGCGUCGAGCUGGGACUGUUGGCUGGAGUGCUGACCGAUCUGGCCUUCGUCGUGUAUCGAACUGCUCGUCCAUUGUUGACCGUUAGCGUUGCGAAUACUACUGUCGGUGCGCAGUACAUUCUGAUCCGUCCAAACCAUAGCGUUAUAUAUUUCCCUGCCGUCGAGUGGGUUCGAAACGUUACGUCUAAAGCUAUCAAACAGCACGGUAACAUUCCGGUCGUAUUCGACUGUCGGUUAGUGAACGAAUUUGACUACACUGCCGCGACUGGAUUGCAAAUGCUGCGCAAAGAACUGGAAAAGAAAAAGAUUCCACUGAUAAUAUAUGGGUCAUCUAGUGAGGUAAGAAAGCUCCUGCAGGAAACCCUGAAAAGCAGCCUGCUGGAAGUUAGCAAUGAUGAUGAGCUAGAGAUGUUGCUCCAAGAACUGUCCACCGCUGAGGGAGGUAAGCAUGAGCUGCGAGAAGUCGUUACACCGCUCCUAUCGCCCGAACGUACACCGCCCAUCGCUGAAAUCGAAUUGUCUUAA